AUGGCUGAUCCUAGCUGAGAGCAGAGAGUAGGCACAAGGCAGAAGUCCUCUAAGACUUGACUAACGGUUUUUGGCCAGACUAUGAUUUGGAGGGAGUCAGGUCUCAGAGUAUUUGGCUGAAUUGUAUAAAACCUUACAGUGAUACUGGGUGCACUGGAUUGAGGUGAACAUGAUGACCUUGGCAGAGCACAUCAUUGAAGCCACACCUGAUCGAAUCAAGCAGGAGAGUUUUGUGCCCACGGAGCCCUCGGCGUUGGAAAGAGCAGACACUGUAGCCAUCAGCAGUACCAUGAGCUGGCUGGCCAGGUACCUAGCCGAUGUCGAUCGUCUGCCGAGCGCCACCCAGAUCAGAAGUGCAUAUAACGAGCCUCUAACCCCUUCUUCUAAUACCAGCUUGAGCCCUGUUGGCUCCCCAGUCGGUGAAAUAGCUUUUGAGAAACCCAGCCUUCCCUCAGCAGCAGAUUGGUCGGAAUUCCUGAGCGCAUCUACCAGUGAAAAGGUCGAGAAUGAAUUUGCUCAGCUGACUCUGUCUGAUCACGAGCAAAGGGAACUCUAUGAAGCUGCCAGGCUUGUCCAGACAGCUUUCCGGAAAUACAAGGGCCGACCCUUGCGGGAGCAGCAGGAAGUGGCCGCCGCUGUCAUUCAGCGUUGUUACAGGAAAUAUAAACAGCUGACAUGGAUAGCCUUGAAGUAUGCACUUUAUAAAAAGAUGACACAGGCUGCCAUCCUAAUCCAGAGUAAAUUCCGAAGUUACUACGAACAAAAAAAAUUUCAGCAGAGCCGGCGUGCUGCUGUGCUGAUCCAGAAGUAUUACCGGAGUUAUAAGAAGUGUGGCAAGAGACGGCAGGCUCGCCGAACAGCCGUCAUCGUACAGCAGAAACUCAGGAGCAGUUUGCUAACCAAAAAGCAGGACCAAGCUGCUCGAAAAAUAAUGAGGUUCCUGCGCCGCUGCCGCCACAGCCCCCUGGUGGACCAUAGGCUGUACAAAAGGAGUGAAAGAGUUGAGAAAGGCCAAGGAACUUGAAGACAUACAGCAGCAUCCCUUAGCAAUGUGACAUUGCUUUUCAGACUGUUUUCAUUUCUGUUUUUAGCAGAGACAGCAACGACACGCACACGCACGCACACACACGCACACACACAAUCCCUCUGCAGUUUUGGGGAGAUCAGCUGCAGGAUUUUAACAGGAAUGUGUUGGUCAUUGCAUCUGCACUUUCAUGGACAACUUUUAAUUUGAUCAGCAAGACAUCUUGGAACUCAAUCUUCUGUUGGAUCAUGGGAAAACAAGACACCACGAGGAAUUGGAAGAGGCUUCCUCUUCUUAGGAAGAAGCCAGUUUCCUUCUCAUAUAGGGCUGUAUUCAAACAUCGUGUGGAACUGUACAAAUAUUUAUACCAAAAAUAUAGACAAGCAAAGGUGGGGAUGCACUAGCAACAAAAGAGAAUGCUGCUCCUGCACCUGUCAGUUACUUCCAAGAAGCUGAAUCUUUGGGAUUGAUUCUCAGUGGAGGGCUUAGAUCAUACAAAUCUUUAUUGGGUCCGUGUGUUCUCAUUUCCUUCACUGAUCUUAUUUUAUUUUAAUUUGUGUUUGUUUUAAUCUCUACAGCACACUUAAUGCAACUUUUAAAAUCUGCAGGUUUUUAAUGUCUUGUGGAAAUUUGCAGAGGGGCGGGUGUGUGGUAAACGGGUAAUGCAUGGGAACUAAUGAGAAACAGCUUACAGAGUUUAAAUUUAUUUUCUUGUCCCCACCACCUCCCAAGAACCUGCGAGUAUAGUGAUCAUCUUGUCCCUUUUGUCAUGCUCAGCACUUUAAUUUUUGGGCCUUACUUUCAUGUGCAAUGAGAUUUACUUAGAGAAUUGGUACAGCAUGGAGCCUUUUUUAGUAACCUUGGAAACUGUAGUCAUUCUAAGGAAUCAUAAACCUUGCCUGGACAUUUGCCACCUAAAAGAUCAGUGUGGUGCUGCGUUCUGGCCAGUAAAUUCCAUAUUUUUGGCUAUAAUCUCAUCCAAACUGAGCAGUUUCUGUGUAUAUAUAAAAGGUAGAAACGGAAAGUGAGAAAAUAUUUGAAAGGGAUUAUAUUAAUUGCUAAAUAUUUUAUUCACAAAGGUCAAUAACAUGGCAAGAUAAAAUUAUUUGUAUAGUUUUGUCUGAACGAGCGAGAAAAAAUGUGGAUGUAUUGUUUGUAUAUAUUGUAUAUAUUAAAACAAAGAGAUAUGUGCAUGAAAUCAAGAAAAAAGAAAUGAACAAAAGCAAAGCAUUAGUGGCUAUGGUCUGUAAAAUGAAACAAAAAAAACUUUAUUUCACUAUAAGAGUACUUUAUUUUAAAUGUUCUUUAGAAGAACAUUUUGCUAAAGCAUGACUAAACUGCAAAAAACAAAAAACAAAAAAAAGAGCUACUGUAUUUAGACUUAGGAUAAAAGGCAGAGUAACAUUACUUAAAAAAAAAAAAAAGGAUAUGUUUACAUUUAAUUUUGGCUACCAGGAGUUUAUUUUAUUUAAUUUAAAAUUUUUUUGCCAACGGUGCCAAGUAAUGUGAAUGCUAAUAUUGCUUAAGAAAAUUAAGUUACUUUUGCUAAACAGAUAAUCAUAAGAUGAAUCUGUGUAUAGCUUAACACCAUCCACUCACUCCAACAAAGAACACUUAGAACGAUCAAAACCUGACAAAAGAAAUAGUAUGAAAAGUAGGAAAACGUCUCACGUUUUUCAUAUCUCCUGCUGGAAAUCAGAAAAUAUAUCAAAAAUUGCACAAAAGUAACUAAAAAUUUAAAAGAUGCAAACUGGUCUCGUAGGGUUGUCCUGGUCUAUUACUCUUUCCAUACAAUGAGGAGCCAAAGAAAUCUGAUGCUUUUAAAAAUUAAACUACUAACGUUAAAUUGAGAGAAUAAAGUUCGCAUUUGCUGAUGCCAGUUUAAAAUUCCCAGGUAAAGUUUCAGGAUCAGUUGGUGUAAAGCUGAGAUAACAGUUUUGUUUUGUUUUUUUCUUGGUUCUGGCUGCCAACUGUAAGUUAAAGCUCAAGGCUCGUUGUGAAGCCUAAAAAUAUUCACAAAUAAGCUUUUAAACUGGUGUCUUUAGAAGGAAGGUAGAUACAAAAAGAUUGUGGUAAAAACUGGGGUCAGUGCUCUUGGUGCCUUUUCUAUAAUUGUACUUGUUUUUUAAUUACUUCCUUUCACUGCCAACCUCGGAUUACUGUACAGUAUAUGUCUUACCGCUUGUGAUCAGCUUUGACAAGUGACGGCCCCACAACCAGUAGCCACCUGUACAUUUGUAAACUGACCUGGCUCGAUUUUGUUUUUAAAUGUGUGGGUUAUUUUGCAGCUGUUGCCCUCCCCACCCUGAAAUGCCUAUUAUUUUACCCAAUUUGACCUGUAGGAGGACACUGAGUAAUUUACAAACACACAAAUGUAUGGUAAAUGGGAAUAGGAAGGUGAAAGCCAGCUCUUUCAGGAUAUCCCAUAUUAGUACUGAAUUUAGAUACGUUUAUUCCAUUUAUUAUGGUACAAAUAACUGAUCUUUUGACAAGAGUAAUGACCUCAGUGGAUUUGCGUUAACCCUCACAUUAAGUUACUCAUUUUUUUUUUUUUAAUGUCUCCCAUGCUACAUUAUUAGCCAAGUAAGUUAGAAACUUCUGGAAGAUAAAGACUUAACAUAGAAUUAGGAGGGUUCUUACGGAGAGGAUAGGAAGUAGGUUCAGAACCUACCGGUGUAGCCUGCCAGUACAACUAAAUCCUAGGUGAGGUACGAAUGCACUUCCACUGAAACGACGCCUUUCUGACCGCUUUUCCUUGGUUGUGAAUCUUAAUUUUGAAUAUAAGACGAUAGGUAAGCGCAGCUUUCUUGGAUAAUCUGAAUUCCCAAGUGCCAGGAGUAGGACUUCAUUAUAAAAUUAAUAGCUAAUCUUAUUCUGUCUCCUGAGGAUUUAAUUGCUAUUCUUGUUACCCAUUUGAAAUCAGCUGUACUGUGUGAACGAAAUAAAGACAAUAACUCGGACCCCUCUCUGGCUGCACGGUCGCUUAUGGCAGUUCCACACAGUAGUUGGCGCCCAAUGGGGGGUCCCUGAGACUUGCAUGUAAAACUAGUCUAGAUGUCUUCUUUUUUGUAAGUUUUAUUUUUGUAAUUGUGCAUGUGAAGCAUCAUUGAAUCAAUGGAUCUGUUGAAGAACUCAGCUGCUGGAAACCAUGCAAAAUGUUUUGAAUUGCCCUUAAAAUAUGGAAAAUGUUUUCUGAAUGCUUUAUAUUCUUUCUGCUGUAAAUUAAAAAUGAAGAAAAUUUCCCCAUA